CCAUCGUCAUCAUCUGUACGCACGGCGGCGACAGGAGCUCCUGAAUUGGCAGGGACGGGUUAUCCCACCGCUAUUCUCUCUCAAUGCGAAGAAAAAGCACUAACAGAGAGUAGAAAAAAACAUCGGCGAUUCCCCCCCAACGAAAGUCCCCCUGGAAACUCCGAUGGAUUAAUCUUGAUUUUUCUGCGAAAGUAGAGAAUGGGCUGUGUCCAAUGUAAGGAUAAAGAAGCAGCAAAACUCACUGAUGACCGGGAGACCAGCCUCUCACACAACUCGGGGUACCGCUAUGGGUCCGACCCCACACCGCAGCACUACCCCAGCUUCGGGGUCACCACCAUCCCCAACUACAACAACUUCCACACUGGUGCCUCACAGGGGGUGACCGUGUUCGGCGGAGUCCACACGUCCUCGCAGUCUGGGACGCUUCGGUCUCGGGGUGGCACAGGGGUGACACUGUUUGUGGCUCUUUAUGACUAUGAGGCCCGGACUGAGGAUGACCUCAGCUUCAGGAAGGGGGAGAGGUUCCAGAUCCUCAACAGCACUGAGGGAGACUGGUGGGAGGCUCGUUCUCUCACUACAGGUGGAACUGGUUACAUUCCCAGCAAUUAUGUUGCUCCAGUGGACUCCAUCCAAGCUGAGGACUGGUAUUUUGGUAAAUUAGGCCGAAAGGACGCAGAGAGGCAACUGCUGUCCAACGGCAACGCCAGAGGCACUUUCCUCAUCCGUGAGAGUGAAACAACCAAAGGGGCCUACUCUCUGUCCAUCCAGGACUGGGAUGACAUCAAGGGAGACCAUGUCAAACACUAUAAGAUUCGCAAGCUGGACAGUGGAGGCUACUACAUUACCACCAGGGCUCAGUUUGAGACACUCCAGCAGCUGGUACAGCACUACUCUGCUAGGGCUGCAGGGCUGUGCUGCCGACUGAUCGUGCCAUGCCACAAAGGCAUGCCUCGUCUGACUGACCUGUCCGUCAAAACCAAAGACGUGUGGGAGAUCCCGCGGGAGUCGCUGCAGCUCAUCAAACGUCUCGGCAACGGCCAGUUUGGCGAGGUCUGGAUGGGCACGUGGAACGGGACCACCAAGGUGGCGGUAAAGACUCUGAAGCCCGGCACCAUGUCGCCCGAGUCCUUCCUGGAGGAGGCUCAGAUCAUGAAAAAGCUACGACAUGACAAGCUGGUGCAGCUCUACGCUGUGGUGUCCGAAGAACCCAUCUAUAUUGUCACAGAGUACAUGAGCAAAGGGAGUUUGCUUGAAUUCCUUAAAGAUGGAGAAGGACGAGGCCUCAAACUGCCAAAUCUAGUGGACAUGGCAGCUCAGGUGGCAGGAGGCAUGGCAUAUAUUGAGAGGAUGAACUACAUCCACAGAGACCUGCGCUCAGCCAACAUCCUAGUCGGAGAAAGUCUGGUUUGUAAGAUCGCUGACUUUGGUCUGGCCAGGCUCAUCGAGGACAAUGAAUACACAGCAAGACAAGGUGCAAAGUUUCCAAUAAAGUGGACUGCUCCUGAGGCCGCACUCUACGGGAAAUUCACCAUCAAGUCAGACGUGUGGUCGUUUGGCAUCCUGCUGACAGAGCUGGUGACCAAGGGCAGAGUCCCCUAUCCAGGCAUGAACAACCGUGAGGUGUUGGAGCAGGUGGAGCGAGGCUACCGGAUGCCGUGCCCGCAGGACUGCCCCACGUCCCUGCACGAGCUCAUGGUGCAGUGCUGGAAGAAAGACCCGGAGGAGAGGCCCACCUUUGAGUAUCUGCAGGCCUUUUUGGAGGACUACUUCACUGCCACUGAGCCUCAGUACCAGCCGGGGGAUAAUCUCUGAGCACGCUGCCUUUCAUCUCAUGUCAUUUCACUGGCAUUCCACUAGAGGGAGCCAGACUCCACCUGUUCUCUCUCUCUUUCUCAUCCUGUGGCUGUGACGAUCUUAAAAGCUCAUCGACUGACUUCUUGACUUCCAAGCUUCAUACAAACAGGGACGGUGCAGCUCUGACAGGAUACUGACUAUCAAAUCAAUUCAAAGGAUGGUUUGGAGGAGGGAGGGGGGCGCUGAGAUGACUGAAGAGUUAAAAAAAUGACUGCCAGGGAUGAACGAGAUGAGUUGUGUUGUGUAACUUGUACGUAGUGUAAAUAUAAAUUGCUUGUUUACUUAUCUCUGUUCUGUUUCAUUUUAUAUUACUUUUGAUAUUUUGGAAAUGUGUGGAUUUUUUUUUUAAUCCAAGGUCUAAGUAAUUUCAGAUUUACGGCUCGUAGAGAAACGUGUGAGGCUCACAGUUGGUAACAAAUCGUGACAUAAUAAUUGUAGGAAUGGUAAUAGUUAGACAUCGUGGAGUAUCUCGGAAGGUUUUUCUGGAAGUCCACUGACCUUUUUUACGAGGUUAAUAUAACAAUACUGUUCUCCUCUUCUCAAGGAACUUAGAUGUACUAUAACACCUGUUCUUGCCUUUUCAUGUUUAGUAAUAUUCUUAUAAUGUAAGGGAAUGCCUUCAUGCUUUCUACACACUAACUUAGUGCAUCAUGGACUCUUCCACCCAAACUUGUAUGCCAUCUGCACUAAUAUUAAGUGCAUUCAUCGCAUUUCAGCUUCAGCCAAUGAUUUUUAGAUCGGCUUAAAGUAACUUUUAGUUCCUGCUUCUUGUAGUUGAAAAGGAGGCUGACUUCCUCUCCAACUGCAACCAUUGUUUGGCUGACUGCUUAUUAUACUGGCAAUAUUUUAAAAUGUAUGUUGCAUUAUUGUAUGGCAGCAGGCUGUGUAAGAAAUUCUGCAUCGUCUUUUCGCUUCAGCAGCCAAACAAACAAACAAACUGCCACUCACAUGAUGGGAAAUGAAGGAUGCAUACCUGUCUUUGUCCCUCCAUAAUGUGUUUCCGGGGAGAUAACAUGUUGUUUACGAGACCAAACAUGUUUAUUUCUUUGUAUUAUUUUGCUUAACAUUUCAGCCAGUCUUAUGUGACGUUAAGAUUACAUAAUUAUGUGAUAUUUCCAGGGAAAGCUGUAGCUCUGGAUGACAUUUUAUCAUCAUGAGUAUCCAACUUCUCUCUGUGGGGGAGAAGGUGCAUUCCAGGACUAGACACCAUUUCUAUGUGUAUUUAAGUUUCUUUCACGGGUGGAAAAGUGAGCAAAAAGUAGUUUUUGAAUCACUUUGUUUUACCCUAAUUCUGUAGAUAUACAGAAAAUGUUUUUGGUCUCUGCAUUAUUUAUUGUCUCUGUCUGUUACUUGUACACAACUGGUUUUGAAAUAAACAAUCUUGCCAUCA